AUGUAUGUGUUGGUGUUGAUGAUUCUAAUCUUGGGGAUUUACAUUUCGCUGCAGGUAUCCAUGUUAUCUAAACUUGGUCUUCCGGCGACGCCACAGUACACGGCGCGAACGACCCAGAGUCAGCAGCGACGACAUCGGCAAUGGGUCCGAUUGAUUCAGAUGAGACGACAACCUGGAUAUGAGAAGAACACAAAUGGGGCAUUCAUACACAUGGGAAAGACGGGGGGAUCUACGUUGUCACUUCGGUUACGGAAUGGGUGCCAUAGCUACAUGACCAAACCUUGUCGGUCGGUUCCACUAGAAACCGUUGCGUCGCGUCUCGUGGGAACCUAUUAUCAUGUCCCUGACUUUGGAUUGAUUCCUCAGAGCAAACACCCCUUCUACAUCAUGACAUUGCGAGAUCCAUUCCAACGAUCUGUUAGUGCCUUUGUCUACGAGCACUUGGACAACGUCAAGGCACGAGGAGAAACUAUCAGUCCUCUCUCCGAAGAAGCCAAGACAGAAGCGAAGAAAUGCUUUCCCACACUCGAAACAUUCGUAGAGUACAUUGGAGACAAUCCAGAUGACUAUGAUUAUCCUUACCAUCGAAGCCAAAUUGUUGCCACCAAUUGUACCAGCUUGGCACGGGCCGUCAUGGAUGCCAAAGUAAGACGAUUCAAUCACUUCUUCUUUCCAUUCCAAAAGAUUCGAGACUUUAUACCAACCGACAAUAAUCCAAUCAUCUUUGCGACACGACAAGAACAUUUGUGGUACGAUUGGAAGAAAAUCAACUUUUUGUUGGGACAAGUGGGAGAUGUCGUUACACCACCCGACAAGGCACGAGACUUGUCCGACGUCAACCAACCCGUCACUCGAGAUCUUUCCGAACUGGGAAGACACAGACUCUGUAAAGCUUUGCAAAAGGAAUAUGAUGGAUACGUAAGAAUACUACGAGAAGCAAUCAACUUGAACGACAAGGAUGUGGAAGAAAGCCUGGCAGAAAUUCAUCAGAACUGUCCCAAUGUCAUUAUCUGGGAUGAACCAGAUGGGGCUUGA